AUCGCCCAUUGUGAACUGAUCUUUUUGUGUUAUAACACCAAACAGCUGAUCGGUCUGUCAAAUAAAAAUCUGCCUGGCUCUUCCAAAUUCUUGAUUUCGUUUUGGAAGAUAAACCAGAAAAAAAUCAAAUAAUCAAAAUGCGUAUGCCAUUUACUGGAAUCAUCCAAGGCCAAGGACGCCGGCCACAACGUGAACACAUGGUCCCAUUCAAAGCGCUUCUUCCUCUAAGCAUUCGUAACAGGGUCAGUGGCAAAUCAGAUUCCUCCUCCGAUGUAGCAUGUCUUCAAGAAAUGGCUGUUCUAUUUGCCUGCCUAAAAGACAAUGAAUUCGCUGAGAAACUCUGUCCAAAGGAAAUCGCCACUUUUGAAAAAUGCUACAAAGUUCAUAUGGACAAGAAAUUCGAAGCGAAGAAAACUGAUAGUUUGGGUAUCGUUGCACCAGGAAAGGAUCUUAAUUAUAAGCAAUUAAACAAAUUUAUGCGUUUUUAUCCUAAUCCAAAGUAA